AUGAACCGUAGUAGUCAUGUGAAAAGUGGAUAGACUGCUUUUAAAGUGUUGAAUUUCUUCUUAAGAUCAAAGAAAUCAACUUAAGUAGUGCCAGAAAGAAGACAUUUCGAACAUGAUGAGAUUAAAAAAAUAUUUAGAAGAUGUCUUAUAAGAUUGCGUACAAUAUAUAUAUUGAAUUAAGUGACAAAAGAAAUAGUCACAUAUGGGACAUCUUCUAAUCUAUAUGAUAUAUCAACAAGAGACAGGUAUAAAUUUUGUUUAAAGUAAUUAAGACCUGCUUUAUAAAAAUAUUUAUUUCCAUUAUCGAAGUCAUAAGAUUAAGAUGAAGAGAAACUUGAAUUUCCAAUAAUCCAUCCAAAUUCAUUAUUAAAGUAAAUUUGGAAUGGAAUCUUUUUAUUAAUGAUGAUUUAUGUUGCUACAAUUUUACCAUUUAGAAGUAAUAUAUAAAAUAAAUUUUAGUUUCAUUUUAUCUAGAUAAUGAAAUUUAAGCAUGGUAUUAUGCAGAUAUAGUAACAGACAUAUUAUUUUGGUUGGAUUUAAUAAUUAGUUGUUUAUCAGGUUAUUAUGAUGAAGAAGGAAAGUUAGUAAAGAAAAGAAAGAUUAUAUUUAUGAAUUAUUUAAAAGGUUGGUUUACAGUUGAUUUAUUAUCAUGUUUACCUUUAAAUUAUGUAUUGGAUGGAGUGAUAUCUGAAAAUGGCAAUAUGAAAUCAUAGAAUAUUAAAUUAUUUAAAUUACUAAAACUUCCAAGAAUGUACAGAUUAUUUAAAAUAAUACGAUUCAUAGAUAUGAUGAAAUAUUUAGGUAUAUCAGAAAUUAUGGAAUUCUUUUAAUUUAAUUAUGGAUUUUCUAGAUUAUUAUCAUUACUUAUUUCAGUUUGUUUAGUAAUUCAUUUAUCUGGAUGUUUAUGGUAUUAUGUUGCAGCAUUUAAUGAUUUUGAUUCAUAAACAUGGGUAUCUAGAAAUGAAUUAACAUCAUCAACUAUAUAAACUAAAUAUAUAGCAAGUAUAUAUUAUGCAUUUACUACUUUAACAACAGUAGGAUAUGGAGAUAUUCAUUCAUUUUCUUCUGCUGAAAUGAUAAUUACUAUAUUUUUAAUGAUUGUAGGAGUAGGUUUUUAUUCUAUGAUUAUUGGUUUAUUGUCUAGUAUACUUUCAUAAAUAGAUUAUAAAGGUCAUAAAUUAUAAUAAUAAUAAGCAAUUUUAAAUGAGUUUUGUAUAGAAAAGAAAAUAUCAGUUAAUUUAAGAGAAAAACUUAAAGAAACUCUUGAAUAUAGUUUUGAUAAGAAUUGUUUUAUUUGGGCAGAUAAUAAAUAUAUUUUUAAAGAUCUUCCAAUUAAUCUUAGAUAUGAUAUAAUUAUGAAUAUUCAUAAUGGAGUAUUUGGAAAUAUGUAAUUAUUUUAAUUAGUGGAUGAUAAAUAAUUUUUAGUUAAAAUGGUUCCAUUAUUAAAACCUAUAUUAUUUUUGGAAUCUGAAAUAAUAUGGGAAUAAAAUAGUAAUCCUGAUGCAAUUUAUUUUAUUGCUGAUGGUAGAAUGAAUUUUAAAGCUGAUUUUAUUGUUAUUAAAUCAACUAAUUAAAAAAAAUAAUUUGCAUUUAAAAGUAUGAUUGGAGGAUCAUAUUUUGGAGAAAUUGAAAUAUUUCUACAUAUAAAAAGAGAAACUGUAGCUUAAUGUGAAUCAUAAUGUGAAAUGUAUUAUUUAACUAUAACAUCUUUUGAAAAUGAGAUUUAUGAUGAUUUCCCACAUAUAAUGAAUAAAAUGAAUAAAAUUGCUUUAGAAAGAAGAUAAAAGAAUCUUGAAACAAUAUAAUAAUUACAAUAUUUUAUAGAUGAUGCUACCAAAAAAUAAUUAAAAAGAAGUAUAUACUAAAAUAUUCAAUAUAAUAGCAUAACCAAAGAAAAAUACUGUUCUUUUGAGAGAAUACAUUAAAUAAAAUAGUUAACAUACUUUAGAAGAUAUUAAACAAAAUGAUUCUGAAAAUAUUACUGAUCGUCCUUAAAUUUCAACUAAUAGAUCAAAAUUUUAAGAUCUAUUCUUAAUAACCUAAGAGAUAGAAUAAUUACUAGAAUGA